GCAGUUCUCGGUUCUCAGUUCUCAGUUCUCAGUCACAAGUUUGUAUUCACUGAUGUAAGUUAGUGAGAAGAGAUCAUCAGGGAUUCAAUUUUAUUUAUUAAUUUAAAGAAUAACGAUUUAGUGAUAAAUUAUUGUGUACUAAUCUGUUUGUUUAUCAAACUCAUAAUGGCACGAUAUAAAUUAUUUAAAAUAAUUUUUAUAUUUUUAACUAUUGAAUCGUUAUUUAAAUCGACAUCAGCAUUAUCACGAGACAAUUUAUAUCCAUAUAUGGAUAAUAAUUUUCAAACAUUACCAACUGAUUCAAAUGGUCAACUUUCAUCGGUUCAAGUUGAACUUAAAACACCAAUUGCCUUUUAUGAUAAAAUUUAUAACAACAUUUUUGUAAAUGGUAAUGGUGUUUUAUCAUUCAUAAGAUCAAUGCAGAGAUUUUUCAACAUAGCUUUUCCACUGGAUGAUCCAGUUAUUGCACCGUUGUACACUCACGUUGACACAAAGGGAUCUGGUAAAAUUUUCUAUGGUGAAACGAACAAUCCUGAAAUCCUCUCACGCGCUAGCGGAAUGGUUCGCGCUGCUUUCAAAAAUAUCACUGAUUUUAUGCCUACCCACGUUUUCUUAACAACUUGGGUUGACGUCGGCUACUUCAAUGAAAAACACGACAAGGUCAAUACCUACCAAGUCGCUAUAGCUUCAAAUGGUACGCAUUCAUUUGCUGAACUUCUUUAUCCAAAUGAUGGGAUACAGUGGAUACAAGGGGAAUCCCAUCCUAAUGGUUUGCCAGAUGCCAGAGCACAAGCUGGAUUUAUGAGUGAAGGAAGAAUGUAUACAUUGAAAGGAUCUGGUACUGAUCAAAUUCAAAAUAUCGACAAAUGGUCAAAUAUUAAUCGUCCGGGUCAAUGGAUAUUUCAAAUAGGACCGAUAGCUGAUGGAAAAAAUAUUAAAGUACCAGAUAACAUUGAAACGUUUACUAAUUUAUUUACAGGAUCAAAUGAACCUACUGACCAGACUUGUAUGACUGGAGCAACAACUUGUCACAGUAAAGCCACGUGUAUUGAUUACGAGUACGGUUAUUGUUGUAAUUGUAAACCAGGAUACUUUGGAAAUGGGAAAUUCUGCCAACCAAAUGAUUUACCAUUACGAGUUAUUGGCCGUAUUUCCGGAAAAAUCAAUGGUGAAGAAUUUUCAGCGCGAGAUCUUCAAUGUUAUGUACAAACUAAAGAUGGUAGAACUUAUACUGCUUUAUCAAGAAUACCCGAUAAUAUUGGGCAUAAUAUGCAAUUGUUGAGUACACUUGGCGGUAUUAUUGGAUGGCUUUUUGCUAAACCUAUUGGUAAAAUUAAAAAUGGUUAUCAACUGACCGGUGGUUUAUUCAAUCACACAGCAGAAUUAGUAUUUAGUAAUACAGGUGAUCGCGUAUUGAUAAAAAGUAUUUAUUUGGGACUAGACGUUUUUGGACAACUAAAAAUGGAAGCUGAUAUUCAGGGUACAUUGCCCAAUUUACCAAAUGAAGCUAAAGUCGAUUAUGGAGAUCAUGAUGAACUAUAUACACGAAGUCAAAGAGGUAGUAUUAGAUCUCACAGCAAUCGUGUUUAUAGAUUGAAUGGGGAUAAAACUGAAUACCCAUUUACUUUGGACCAAUCAAUAAUGUAUCACGAUUGUCCUUAUGAUCCUGAACAACAAUCUGAUGAAACAACACGACUUAAAUUUUCACGUGGACUUACAACUUAUGAAUCACGUGAGGGUAUUUUAAGAUUUGCUAUGAAUACUAAAAUAACACCACUUGAAGAGGAAGAUCCUUGUAUCAGAGGACGUGAAACUUGCAGUCAACACAGUUCUUGUGUUGUUGAUGCUGAUGAUUUUAGAUGUGUAUGUAAUUCUGGUUAUCAACAACUUUAUCAACAAGACGGUAGUUCAUCUUGUGUUGAUAUUAAUGAAUGUACUGCUGGUUAUCAUGUAUGUUCAUCUGAUGCACAAUGUAUUAAUAAUGAGGGUGGACAUACUUGUCAAUGUCGUCCUGGUUUUUCUGGUGACGGAAGAAUUUGUGAAAAAUUAGCAACUUGUGAAGAUACACGUUGCGGUGAUUACGAACAAUGCACAGUAGUUAAUGGAAUACCAACGUGUUCAUGCGUUACAGGUUUUAUAAACGACAGACCUGGAUUACCUUGUUAUCCAGCUAAUGACCCAUGUAAUUUAGCAAAUAAUUGCUCACCCCAAGGAAUGUGUACAUACGAUACAGAUAAACAAACUCAUAUAUGCAUAUGUUUACCUGGUUACGUUGGUGAUGGAUAUACGUGUUAUGUAAAAUCUCAAGUAACCAGUAUGACAGAAAAAUCACCAUCAUCAUCAUCAUCGUCAUCAAUAUCACCACGUUGUGACAAUGAAGGGAUGUGUUGGUGUCUACCAGGUUACGAAUUUCGUGAUGACAACUGUUAUAAAUCGGACAAAUAUCAACCAGAUCCAACUCAUUCAUCAAAUAAUGAUCUGGUCGCGCAGCCACUUCCAGAAUGCUUAAAGGACAACUGCAUUUGUCCCUGGGGAUACGAUUACCAACAGCUGGAUGACAGUUGCGUCCCUAAACCAGGAUACAACUACGAGACGAUGGGUCCCUCAGGAUCCCAAUUAUCAUGCAAUGUGGUCAACACUUGUCAUCCAUACGCUCAAUGUAUAUUUAUAAAAGACACUGAGGAAUACGAGUGUCGUUGCAAUCCCGGAUACGAAGGUGAUGGAAUUGAAUGUGUAAAAACAGAUGUAUCUUGUUUGGAUAUUGAUAUUUGUGAUCCAAAUGCAUCUUGUCGUCCCGAUGAACCAGUUGCCAAAUGUGUCUGCAAUCCUGGAUAUGAAGGAGAUGGUUCCACAUGCACACUCAUUGAUGAAUGUAAUGACCAUUCGGAAUGUGAUACGGACGAGAGAUGUUCAUACAAUCCAACCAAGUCUCGUUAUGAAUGUACUUGCAAUCCAGGAUUUAAUAUGGUGAAUGGUCGAUGUGUGGUAGCCGAUUGUUCAACCAAUCCUUCAUUGUGUCAUGCAAAUGGACAGUGCAUUAAUCGUGAUGGUGAUUAUAAAUGUGUUUGUAUUAAUGGUUUUCACGGUGAUGGAAUUAAUCAGUGUACGGAAGAUCAUAUUGGUUGUGAUGUUCUCAAUAAUUGUGGAAAUAAUGCCGUCUGUGGUUACAAUCAAACAUCAACCAAUUACGCUUGUGUUUGUUUACCUGGAUAUUAUGGAGAUGGAUUUAAUUGUAUACCACAAACAUCAUGCCGUAAAGAACCAAGUUUAUGUUCACGUGAUGCAACAUGUGUUGUUGUAGGUGGUAGUGAUUAUGCAUGUGUAUGCAAUGAAGGAUUUACCGGUGACGGAUUAAACUGUAAAACAAAAUCUAAACACGAGUCAAAUUUUUUGUUAGUUAAUCAAGGAAUGGCAACACUUAAAAUUCCAUAUUAUCCAACAAACGUUAAUCCAGGUACACCAAUUAAUUUAGACUAUGCUCAGAUGGCAAUAGCUAUUGAUAUCGAUUGUGCUGGUGGUAACGUAUACACCAGUGAUAUAACUGGUAACAAAAUAACUAAAUUAUCUUACAAUGGAUCACACAUUGAAAAAUUUAUAACUGGUGUUAGUAGUCCUGAGGGUAUAUCUAUAGAUUGGGUAUCACGUAAUAUAUUUUGGACAGAUUCUGGCAAAGGUACUGUUGAAGUUGCACAUUUAGGUACUAAAAAAAGAAAAGUUAUUAUUUCUGACGGUUUAGUUAAUCCAAGAGGUAUUGCUGUACAUCCUUAUCGAGGAAAAAUAUUUUGGUCUGAUUGGAAUCGUGUUAUGCCAAAAUUAGAAUGGGCUAAUGAAGACGGUACAGGACGUGAAUUAUUUUUGAAUGGUGACCAAGUACAAUUACCAAAUUCAUUAUGUAUUGAUUGGGCUACUGAUGAAUUGUGUUGGACUGAUGCUGGAACAUUUACAAUUAGUUGUACUCCAAUAGACCAUAAAUCAGUACGUAUUGUAGCUAAAGAUUUAUCUUAUCCAUUUGGAUUGGCAAUAUCUGAAGAUAAUUAUUAUUGGACUGAUUGGAAAACACAUAAAAUAGAAGUAAUAUCAAAAACAACGGGUCUAAAUGAAAAUUCAUUAUCGAUACCACCUGGUGGUAGUGGUAAAUUAUAUGGAAUAGUUGCAGUUCCUGAAUCAUGUCCACGAGUUUCAAAUGUUUGUCAAUAUGAAAAUGGAAGAUGCCACAAAGAUCAACUUUGUUUACCAGACGGUCAAGGUGGCCGAACAUGUGCAUGUGCAGAUGACAGUACUGGACCAUGUACUGAAUCCCGUUAUCCAUCGUAGUCUAUAAUAUGUAUCGAUCUAAGUAUAUAAUAUAAUUUUUUUCAUUUUUCUUUUUUUUUUUUUUCUUAUUAUUGCCUUGCAUUAUUUAUGCAUAAAUUAAAAAUAUUAUUAUUUUACUAAUUUAAACCUACCAUUAUCUAAAAUAUAUAUAAAAUAAAUAUAAUUUAUAUCAUCAUCAUUCGCUAUCAUUAUUAUUAUCAUUAUUAUUAUUAAUAUUAUUAUUACAUAAAAACCCUUUGUAACUUUUGUUUUGUAUUUUUUAUCAUUGUCGUUUUAUGUUAUUUAAUAAAUAAAAAAAAAAAAAAGAAAUAAAAAUAUUAUUUUCCUUUAGAUGCAGGUACAAGUCCAUUAGUUUCCAUAAAUUGUUUUAAUUUGAAUUUUUGAAUUUUUCCACUUGCAGUUUUUGGAAAUUCUUCAACAAAAUGAAUAUAUCGUGGUAUUUUAAAAUGAGAUAUUUUACCUUUAGCAUAUAAUUUAAUGUCAUUGGCAGUAAUUUUUUUUUUAUUAUUUUUUAAACGAAUGCAGGCACAAAUU